AUGGCGUCGCCGUCGCUCCUGGAGAUGGAGCAACGGAAUCGGCUUCCCACCCUGUUCGAGGUUCUGAGCCGUCGGACUCUGGCUCCUGUCGAUCUCUUUUCUUUUUACAUCUACAUGCGAGAUCAGCAGCGCUCGGUCGAUUAUUUGGAUUUCUGGCUCGAUGUUUCGCAACACAUGUCGCUAUGCCGCCAUUACGUCCGAGAGCUGCGUCGUUCCGUCCUGGUCGCCACACCGGAUCUCGAAAAAGCAGACAGCAAAGGUUCCUCCGCCGCCUUAGAUAACCUGGAGCAUUUCGGCGACAUCCCGCUCACCGAAGCGGGGCCCUCCAGUCUGCGCCAUAACUGCUUCCAUGACUAUCACGACAAGGACGCGAACCAAAGACUGUCGGCCUUCUUGCGCUCCGAUGGCCACACGACGCAGAACUCUCCCCAGGGUAGUAUCACCUCGCGGAACGGCGGCCGCAGCUCCUCCAACGAGUACGAGCCCCAUCCGGACUCUGGGCUGCUGAAUGACUCGCAUUCGCCUGGCCAUACGGUUACCCGGCAGGAUAUCCGCGCCUCCGCAGAAAAGAUCCUGUAUACCUAUCUGCUGCCUGGUGCUGAGCGGGAAAUUAUUCUCCCCGAGGAAAUGGUAUCGACUAUUAUCAAUCUAGUCGAGGAUGACGGACGAGACGAUCCAGAGGUGUUCGACCCCGCCAAGGAUUAUGUCUUCCAAGCGAUGGAACGCGACGCCUACCCCGGGUUUUUGCAGGCCAAGGCCCUGGGCAAUCUGGUGCCGCUGACCGUGGUGAUCCGCCUGGCUUGCGCUUUAAUCAGCUUUGGCGGUGGGUUCUGGGCAGCUUUCUACGUUGUCUUGCGCGACAAGCCACGGCAUACCCGUUGCUGGGUGAUUCUUCCUUUCGCGGUAGCGGCCUAUCUCAUCGCUUCCUACCAGUACAAACUCGACCCCAUCAUGGCUUUUGUCGGCUACAGCGAAUACACGUUCAUGAACUGGGCGCCGAUCCGCGAGCCUUAUGUUCGAAAGCUCUUGAAUAAACGGGCGAUUGCAACCUUAUUGAUCGCCAUACUGGUCGCGGCUGCGCUGAGUAUCUUGUUUAUUCUUGUGCCCGGUACUAUGCUCUGA